AUGCUUUUGUGGCUGGUGUUGGUCGCGUGGGCUCAAAACAUCUACGGUUCCGCUCUAUAUGCUUUCUUCACCGACCUCACCAUCCAAGUCGGGGCACAAGAUGCUGCCACGGGAAAGCUUCUCUACAGCACCUGUAAUAGCCAAGAUAUCCCAAUUUUCCCCCUCGAAAAGCCGAAUAUCCUCGAUACAAAGGAAACCCCGCGUAAUGGCACCGCGCUUACGGCAGUAGGCUGGGGGGACUGGCAAUUUAUUACUGUGCAGGUCUUCUGGCAGACGAAAGAUAAUACGAUCGUGCAGGGAAAAUACAUAUGUAAUAUGACAACGGGAAAGCUUGUGCGCGACCGCGAGUUCCAGAUCUCGGCAGCGGCUGGUGUUGACUCCAUCCACAACGAGACAGGUCUCUCCAUUGUCAACCUUGGAGAGAAAGAAGGAUAUCGACUCUUUUACCAUGACGAGGAUAGGCAGGCGAAGAUGCUGUGGUAUACUGACGACGAUGGCUGGAACGAUGGCGGAGCUAUCUCACAGGAUACUGCCGGCGGCAUGGCGUUAGGUUCAACGAUUUAUGACUUGAAGAACAUUACUGUGCCUUUCCCGAAGGACUCCGAGAAUAUCGAGCUGUCCCGCCUGGAUAAAUCUGGGCUCUGGAUGCUAGAUGCGUUCCCAAACGAGUUCCUCGGACCCUAUACGAACAACACGCUGCCGGGAGAUAUGUAUACAAGCUUGGGAGACGAUGCCGACUUCUCUCUUCCCGCAUGGAACUCUUCCCUCGAAGCCAUAGGCGCAGCAGUAGACCGAUCGCGAACACGAAGCAUCUUCUACAUCGGUGACGAUAAGAAUAUACACGAAGUUAAAUCGACGAAGAAUAGUUGGCAGCUGGGCUCAAACCAAACUGAGCGCGCAUGGCCUGUCGCUGAUGACCCAAGCUCCGGUCUAGCCGUAGUCUCUCAACAGAGCGAAGGCAAAGCUUGGCUAUACUACUGGGCCAACGAGACAAUCGUACAGGCAUUCAAGAAUUACGAUGGUGACUGGAAGAAGGCAGAAGCAUUACCGCAAAAGCUUCCGACAAAUGGAACUGAUGACAAGAAACCCAAAGACAGACCCGCACAAGAGCCUGAGCCUGAGCCCAAGGGCUCCAGGGGCCUGAGCGUGGGAGCCAAGACCGGAAUUGGUGUUGGAGUCGGCGUUGGCGUUGGCGCGUUGCUGAUCGGUGUCCUUGCUUGGUUAUGGAUGAAGCGUCGCAGAGAUCGCGCUCACCAAGAGAAGGUUUCGGGUAUAGUGGAAGUAGGAGGAAGUCCUCUAGAGCCGCGUUUAUCGGUAUUCAAGGAGGACCUUCCCAGGGAAAAUGAACAAGUUGAGCCAUCAGAGAUGGCCGGCCAAGGACGACCAGCUGAAUUGAGCCACCACGAUUCAGUCGUUUACGAGUUACCAGAGCAUCAUACAAGGGGAUAA